UGUGGAGCCAAGGGGAUAGGCCGGCAGGUGGAGAAGAGGUGGCCGUGGAAAAAUGCCCACCCUCCCUUCUGCCAUAAAUAGAGCCACGAGGAGUGCUAUGUGGAUGGCAUCCGGGAGGGGCAUUGAUUGCACUUUAUCUAUGGCGGGCUGAGCAGAGCAAGGGCGAAAGGGGGACAAAGAAGCCGCCCAAGUGAAUGAGGCCCCCUUUCACCAUAGGCAAGCCUCUCUCUCUCUCUCUUCCAGAUCAUCCCUCUGUUUAAAGAGGCUCACUGACAUUUCGCUUUGCUGGAAGGGCGGCUCCUCCAAACUGGAGCACUAGGGACUGACUGACCGCCGCGGUGCUGGGCAUAGCGGCCACCUUUCCCUCCUUCCCGCCCGCACUCUCGUUUCAUUCCUGCUCCUCUGCCCGACCUCCCGCUCGCGGCGGCCCUCUGGUUGCCCCCAUGGACUUGCUAGGCCACAUGGAGAUCACCGACGGCUCCCUGUGCUCCUUCUCGGCGGCCGACGACUUCUACGACGACCCCUGCUUCAACACGUCAGACAUGCACUUCUUCGAGGACCUUGACCCGCGGCUGGUGCACGUGGGAGGCCUGCUGAAGGCCGACGAGCACGGCCACCACCACAGCCACGAGGACGAGCACAUCCGGGCGCCCAGCGGGCACCACCAGGCCGGCCGCUGCCUGCUCUGGGCGUGCAAGGCCUGCAAGAGGAAGACCACCAACGCCGACCGCCGCAAAGCGGCUACCAUGCGCGAGAGGCGGCGGCUCAGCAAGGUCAACGAGGCCUUCGAGACGCUCAAGCGCUGCACCUCCACCAACCCCAACCAGCGCCUGCCCAAGGUGGAGAUCCUGCGCAACGCCAUCCGCUACAUCGAGAGCCUCCAGGCGCUGCUGCGGGAGCAAGAGGACGCCUAUUACCCGGUGCUGGAGCACUACAGCGGCGAAUCCGACGCCUCCAGCCCCCGCUCCAAUUGCUCCGACGGCAUGCUGGAUUACAGUGGGCCCCCUUGCAGCUCCCGCAGAAGGAACAGUUAUGACAGCAGCUACUAUACAGAAACACUAAAUGAUUCAAAGCAAGGGAAGAGUUCGGUUGUUUCCAGCCUCGACUGUUUAUCGAGCAUUGUGGAAAGGAUUUCUACAGACAGCACCGCCUGCCCCACCCUGCCCACAGUUGAAAGUGGGACCGAGGGAAGCCCUUGCUCACUCCAAGAAGGGGCCAGCUUGAGCGACACUGGAGCCCAGAUCCCCUCCCCGACUAGCUGUUCUCAGCUCCCUCAGGACACUAGCAGCCAGAGUGCCAGCAACCCUAUCUACCAAGUGCUAUAAAGCCGCAGCAGACAAAAACUGCCAUGCUGGGAGUGCUCAGAAGAAGCUCCCAAAUCUUCUUAAGUCUUCCAAAAAUCAAACAAAGACAAUACUGGGGGUUUUCUUAUCAGCUUUAAAGCAUAUCUAAUAAUUCCUUUGACUAUUUCAAGCUUGUAUUACUUCAAAAUACACUUAUUUAUUGGUUAUAAACAAAAGCUAUUUAAUUUGUAUAGCGGGAAAACUUGUGUACCAUGAAAUGGCCAACGUUUAAUCUGUGCUUUGAGAAGGGGAAACUUGCUUUUGAGCAUCUCCUCUGAUCAUUUGAGAAACAAAGAUCAACUCCUGUGCUGAAAUCCUGCAAACUGUUAGGCUGCUAAACUCCUAUUGAUUUCAGUAGGAUUUCAGCAGCCUAACUUCAGGAUCGCAGCCUUUCUUUGCAAUUCCCCACAGAACAUACACAUACACAUAUAUGCAGAAAAGGUUGUGGACCAUUUUUUAGAAAAAUAUGUGUUUUGUAUACUUGUAAAUAAGAGUUGCUUUGCCCCCUCACCCCCACCCCCAAAAGAUUCCAGCAGAACUACAAAAAGCAUUUACGUAUUUAAUGUUGCUUGGUUUGUCGUGCCAAACUUUAACUUUAUAUAUUUAUACAAUGUGGAUGCUGAGAAUGUUUUCAACAGUAUUCUAAAUAAAGAUCCUUAUUUAUAAAA